UGCCAUGGCCACACCUUUGUUUUGCAAGUGGCUGGCAGCUGAGCUGGUGAGGAGGCUGCAGGUCGAAGAGCUGAAAGUCGGCGUUUCUCUCUCACCACUUCAAGUACGCAAAUCUCGGAGACGCUUCCCGCCGCCAGGCGUCGGGGAUGUCGGGAAAUUUAGAAGGGCUAAAACCAGAGAAAUCGUCUUGACGGCUACCCGUUUCACCUUCGACUUGUCUCAGAUGCACUUACACUGCAAUGGACUUCCUGAAAUCAAACGACAGCCUGGAUAAUCUCACAGCUUUGACAAAUAAGCAGACCCAAAACCUAGCUGUUGUGUACAUCUUGUCAUUGUCUUUCAGUAUAAUUGGGAGUAUCUCCGUUAUUUCUGUUUCCCUGGUAAAGAAGAAGUACUUUGAUGAUCAGGUUCGCCCACUAGUCCAGCUUACUUUGGCAGACUUUCUUGCUGCAGCACUACUUUUUUCAACAACUGUUAUAGAACUAUUACCUGCUGAAGGCUUCCUUAAUGCCUAUGUUUUCUGCCACUAUGGAAUGGGACUGGCCUUGUCGUUCUACUGUGUCUCAUUCCUUCUGGUCAUGAUUUAUGCUUAUGAAGUGAAACUGACAGUUCAGGGAUGGAGGGAGACGUCCAAUCCUAAUUUACAGAAUGGAACUCACUGUAAAAUAAAGAGAGAGCACCUGUAUCUUCUGUACUUUCUGGCCUGGUCUGUACCAGUGGUGGCGUUUAUUGUUAAUGUAAUUACCAUAUUGAAUUCUGCUACAGAAAUAAUUCCAAAUCACUUAAAUGAAAAAUUUGCACUUGGAAUAAAUAAAAUGUCAGUUAAUGAGGACUACAGUUUCUUCUGCUCCAGGUGCAUUUUUUUGAUCCACAUGCCUAGUGAUAUAUGUGAAGCACAUGAAGAUAUAUGGAAGAGAGACCUAGUGAUGAAAAUCUUGUUCUUCCUCUACGUAUUUGCAGUGGUGACCUGUUCUGUGGUUGCAUACUGCAAAGUCAAUCUGUGGUGUCGACGCUACGAAGAAGAUGGAUUAUUCUGUCUACGAGGAGAUGGAUUCAACAACAGAAACAUAAAAGACAUUUAUUUGACUGUGAAGUUCAUCUUCCUUGCAUUUUUAAUCUGCUGGACUCCAGCUUUCAUACUUAUAAUUCUUUCAUUGGCCAAUAUUAGUCCAACAAAACUGUUUGCCCUGUAUAUUAUACAGGCCUUCACCAUGUCUCUGCAAGGGUUUCUGGACAGCAUAGCAUACGGAUGGCUGCGUCGUAAUUUUCGACAGGUUGCCUUGGGGGAGAGAAGCCCAAUUCUGCUUGCAUCAAAUGCCAGACCUUUCUAUGAUGAAUCCUUAACACUGCCCAGGUCCUAGCAAGUCUAGAGAAGUUAAACAGAAUAUGUCUUUGAAGCCAUUGCUCCAUAUCUGAUUGAGUGGACUGAUAACAAAUCACAGGACUUUAGAUGUUGACUGCUGCACAGCAGACUUUUAAUGUUUUUGCAUUGAUAUAAUAUAUAAAGCUACAUUGUUUCUAAAUCAUAAAGAUUCACUGUU